AUGUCACGCUGGGGAAGCAAAGAAGAAGCUGCUUCCGAGAAGCCGAUACGUUCCAAAGAGUCCAGCAACAGUUGCUGCAGCCAUGCCAUAGACAUCAAAAACGUUCCACAGUUGAGCACUAAGGAAUCAGCUGCACUUGAACCAUCAAAGACAAAAGCAUCUUUCAGCACACCAGCUCAGGACAAAUUGCAGAAAGAGAUUGUUGCAUCAAAUGCUGAACUCCAAGCCUUUGACUGCCAAAAAACACUUGGUGACUGGACAGAGGAGCAAACGAAAUUUCACAUUGCGCACAAUGACGGCAAUAUUGCCACGACCACAAUAGCCUACAUGAAACAGCUUGCAGCUGUGCUUGGACCUCAGGAAGUCACCUUUAUUAGUCAAGAUGACAAGGCACGUGUGCCAAUAAGAAUUACAGCAGCCAACAAGCAGGCACCACUAUUGAUGCAUCUUGACUACAAAGUUACAUCGCCAGAUAACAAUUGGGCGUCCCCUAAAACUCACUCCGGCCCUGGGAAUUAUACAAUUGAACAAAAAGUACAUUCCUUUCGCUUUCCUAAAGAUGAACACAUGUUUCAAAAAUGGAUAUCUGCAAUUCCGAGAAAAGAUUGGAAACCUACUUUGCAUUCACGAGUAUGUGAAAAGCACUUUCCAGCUGAGGCCAUCAUUACUAAAAAAUCUUCAUUUGAUGCUAAAUCUGGAAAGAUGAUUUUGACUUCUCUCGAGAGGCCAAGAUUAAAAAAAGAUUCAGUUCCUUCAAUAUUUCCUGGAUGCCCAGACUACUACAGCACAUCAGUAACUCUCAGGGUGUCGCCGGAUAAAAAGAGGCAGCGAAUGGAAAGUUUGAAUACUGACAAUGUAAUUACAAAAAGUCUGAUGGAGCACAGUCAAUAUUUAACAAAAGACAAAAUAAAUAGUUUUUCUGAAUUGUGCGACAAAGUAAAGGAACUUAAACUUUCUAAAUUUUGGAAUGUCGUAUGUCGAGACAAUGAUAUCUUAAUUUUUAAUUUAUCACAUGAUGUACCAACAGAAAUAGUAUAUCUACUCGUGGUAAACAAGGAAUUAGAACUGAAAUUGUUUUUUAAAAGUGUUCGCUUACAAUUUAUUAAUGAUAUUGAGUCUCCGAUAAAUGUCAAUUAUAUGUUUGAUAUAACGACUAUUUUGGAUGAAGUUGAAAAAAAAGAGAGAGAUGAUUUUGUUAUUCAAGCUCUGAAGGAAUUAGGACCCAAACAAAAUCUUCCUAACUAUUUAGAAACUUCCCAUUUCAUUGAAAUAAUUUUGAGGUGGUGGAGAAUUGUUAAUGUAAAAACUCCAAAUGCAGGAAUUAUAAAGCGAGAUGAUUAUAGAAAUCCUAUCAAUUCUUCUAUAGAUGAUAGUGGCAUAAAUUACCUGACAAAAUUUUUAUUUUGGUUGGACAGUUGGAAACAGAUGAAAACUACCUCUGGCUGUUUAACGAGAGAAACCUUUUUUGCCUUACGUCACACCACUACUGCUCUAAUAGAGGCAAGUAAAUACUGUUGUACCGAAUUUAAUUUAAAAUAUGUUUUGUUGGGGAAAUUCCAAACGGAUGCUUUAGAGUCUAGGUUUGGUCUAUACAGACAAUUGUCUGGAACUAAUUAUAAUGUAUCACUUAGACAAAUCUUUGAAUCAGAAAAAAAAUUAAGAAUCUCCAGUGUUUUGAAAAAUAAAUUAAUUGGCUGUCUAAAGACUAUUAAAGAUGAAUCCAGUGAAGAUGUCAAUGAUAAUUUCCUGGAUCCAUCAAAAUAUGAAAAUUUACAGCUUGAUGAAAAUGAUUUUGACUUGGAAGAUGAAAAACCAAUUAUUGUAUACGUUGCUGGAUAUUGUCUACAUAUAGCUCUGAAAAAGCUUAAUUGGUGUCCAUUAUGUAAAGACUUGAUGUCAUUGGAUAGAUCAAUGGAAGAUGUGGACCCUUCAUUUUCUGUCAUUGCUAAUGUGGACAGGGGUGGUUUGAAAUAUCCAUCUAAAGCUAUUAUUGAUUUAGUAACCUAUAAUUAUUGUGUAGUAAAGAAAUUAACAAGUGGAUACUUUUGGAAUAUAUUUAAAGAGGAACAAAGACAGAGAAUGAUGGCUAUCAAAAUAACAAAUUCAAUUUUAGAUGAUCAUGAAUUUAGUUAUUGGCCAGACUGUGAUAAUGUGCCUAAUCAUUUUACCAAUUUUUUCACUUUGACAUUCAAAAGAAAUUUACUAGACACACUUCUGUUUCCUAUUCCCAUACUGUGA